GCUCAGACCACAACUUCCCCUCUGAGCUGUAAAGCUGGGUAUGCAGUAGUCGAAGUCUUUAGCGGAAAAAAAAAAAACGCACCAAGCAGUCGUGUUUGCUCGCUGUUCAAGGAGCUGAUUAUCCGUGUCGAGCCUGUGUUAUCAUGGCUGGGUGGUGCAGGAACCAAAUGCUGGCGGCCAUUCCUCUGUGGAUGUGUUUUGGGAGAGCUGCGGCUCUUGCUGAGCCCCAGAUCUGUUAUAUCCUGGAUGGCAUCCUGUUUUUGUACGGCAUCAUCCUGACAGCUCUCUACUGCAAAGUCAAGAUCUCCAAUGCUAAAGAGGCUGCUGGGAAAGGAAAGCCAAAGGGGACUGUUGAAGAGGGCAUAUAUACGGGUCUCACUCCUCAUGCAGCGGACACAUAUGAAACAAUCGGCAUGAAGAAGUGAUAUGACGAAUGACUUCUUUCUCUCUUUGUAAUUAAAUGUUGCACAUCAUACUCAGCUUAGGUCUUCAAGAAUGUAUGAGAUUUUGUACAUCACGGGUUAUUUCCCUUUUGCUUUUAGAGAUUCUAGAGGAAGUUUGGAAGGAGUCAGAAACAGGGAAGUUGAGGCCAGAAAGGGGAGAUUGCGAGAAAUACUUUUCCCUUGUUGCACGACAUACUUUCAUUGCUCGUAUGUUUAACAUUAACACAAACUCAGUUUGACAGCGGUAAAGCUUCAGAGAUAUUUUACAUUAUAAUACCCAGUAACUGCAAAAAAGAGUGAUUUUGCUUGAUAUUUUUAUAUAUAUAUAUAUAUAUAUAUAUAUAAAUAUAUACUCUUUUUUUAUAUAGACAAGCUGUACUGUCCAUCUCACUUCCUCUUUUUCUUCUUUUUUUUUGCUGCCCGAUUGUGUGAACAUGAGAAAUAGUGUGUUUUAGUUUUAGCCUCCAAGUCCUGCUAUUCAAAAACCAAGAAAACAACAACAAAAAAAAACAAAACAGAAGAAGACAUCACUGUUUUAAAAAAUGCCGCAGUUUAAGAUAUUGAAUCGUUGUUGAGGAGUACAGAAAAACAUAAACGUGCUUCUCUUUAAUGAGCAGUGUUUCCUGUAUACCACAGGAUGGCAGCGAUGCUGUCUUUGGUCCUUACCUCUGUCCCAUCAAAAAAAUCAUAAAUGUUAUUUUGUAAGUAAACUUCUGCCUGUAGACGCCUUAAAACUGUCACAUGUACAUACACACCAAACCUAUUAAAAGUUUUAUGUUAACAUUAUAUGUUGUGUCUCCAAGAAGCCUCCAACCUUGUGAUGUAAAACCCCAAAUUAAUAAAACAAAACAUUACUAUACUAAUAAUGAUUAGUAACUGGCAGUAGUUUAACUGCUGGUGUCCUGUUGGUUUAGGUGGCUACAGAUGCUCAGAUUUAUUUUGUAACAUUCUGUGAAUAUGCCACUUACAUGUAUGCAGAUUACAAGAUUACAAAUAC